AGGGCUGGGGCGGGAAACCCGCUCCCGCGCUGGAGCCCGGCCAGGCGCGCGCGGCGCCACAGCAAAUAUGAAGGUCAUCACUUGUGAAAUAGCAUGGCACAAUAAGGAGCCUGUUUACAGCUUAGACUUCCAGCAUGGAGCUGAUGGGAAGAUCAAUCGAUUGGCCUCAGCAGGUGUGGACACAGCCGUUCGUAUAUGGAAAGUGGAAAAAGGACCAGAUGGAAAAGCAAUUGUGGAAUUCUUGUCCAACCUUGCCCGCCAUACCAAAGCAGUAAAUGUUGUGCGCUUCUCUCCAAGUGGUGAGAUCCUAGCGUCUGGAGGAGAUGAUGCUGUUAUUUUGUUGUGGAAGCUGAAUGAUAGCAAAGAAUUGGAACCGUUAGCUUUUCAGGAUGAAGAUGAAGCUCAACUCAACAAGGAGAACUGGACAGUUGUUAAAACUUUAAGAGGCCACUUAGAAGAUGUGUAUGAUAUUUGUUGGACCUCAGAUGGAAAUUACAUGGCGUCUGCUUCUGUAGAUAACACAGCUAUAAUGUGGGAUGUCAAUAAAGGACAGAAGGUUUCAAUAUUAAAUGAACACAAGAGUUAUGUCCAAGGAAUAACCUGGGAUCCUCUAAGCCAGUACAUUGCAACUCUGAGCUGUGAUAGGAUCCUACGGGUAUACAACACACAAACCAAGCGUGUAGCAUUCAAUGUUACCAAGAUGCCAUCCGGAUCAGGAGCUGAAGGAGAGGCUAGGAGCUAUCGGAUGUUUCAUGAUGACAGCAUGAAGUCAUUUUUCCGCAGGCUCAGUUUUACUCCUGAUGGCUCCUAUUUACUCACUCCAGCUGGCUGUGUUGAAUCAGGAGAAAAUGUAACAAACACCACAUAUGUUUUUUCCAGAAACAAUCUUAAAAGGCCUGUGGGUCACCUGCCAUGUCCUGGAAAGGCAACUCUUGCUGUUCGCUGCUGCCCAGUCUACUUUGAGUUGAGACGAGCGUUUAAUAAAGAUGAACUCAGUCAGAAAUCAGCUCCUGCCCUAUUUAAUCUGCCCUAUCGAUUGGUGUUUGCUGUUGCUUCAGAAGAUUCUGUGCUUUUUUAUGAUACUGAGCAGUCCUUCCCCUUUGGUUAUGUUUCUAACAUACAUUAUCACACCCUUAGUGACAUUUCAUGGUCCAGUGACGGAGCCUUCCUUGCCAUUUCUUCCACGGAUGGAUACUGUUCAUUUGUUACUUUUGAGAAGGAUGAACUGGGAAUACCACUGAAGGAGAAGCCACAGAUAAAUGUCAGGGCUCCUGGUGCAACAGAGAAGAAAGUGAAAAAGAGCCAGUUGCACAAAGCAAUUUCCCCAGGCUCUAGACUGACAGAGGGGACUCCUCCCAGCAGGGUCACUGAUCCCAGCACCCCAACCCUGCAACCUAGAACACCCGCAGCUGCCGGUAAAGACUUGUCUUCCACACCUGUUGGCAUAAAAAAUAUUCCAGUCUCAUCCUCAGACGAGAGGAAAAUCAGCCAGCCAGCAGGCCAGAGCACUAAAGUAAACCAGCCCAGGAGGAUUACUCUCAACACUUUACAAGCAUGGAGCAAGACGCCAAGGAGAGUAAACUUGAUUCCACUGAAGCCAGAUACGCCAACCUCUGCAUAUACAGAUACAGUUCCUAUACCUCCUUCCUCAGAACAGGAACAUGAGAAGCCAUUACCGUCUGAUGACAGUCUUCAAAAUCCCCCAGCAUCAAAACGUCCUAGAACUGAGGAAAUGUCUCUUUCUACAUCUGCCGAAGAUCAGAUCAGCUGCAAUUCAAACAAAUAAAGGCUAAGCUUUUAGUAGACUCUUCACAGUCUGAAGGCGAUGCAGCCUAUCUGAGAGUACAUGUUGGUUUUGCAAAUGUUAAAUCCUCAAUUCCUGAUUAAAGUACAUAUUUGAUGUAAUGCUGUGAAGAAAGAAACUGGCAGUAGAAGGCACGAGUUCCAGGAAUGUAGCUUUGCAGAAGAGGAAAUAGUUGGGAAGAGACUUCUAAGUAUGUUUCUACUUCUUGAAGACAGCAUUCUUCAAGAAAUGCCACAGCUUAAAGAAAUCAGGGAAAUCUGAGUUACUGAAAAGCAAUACAGUAACCUAAGAGUCUCCAUCAAAGUUCCUAAGUUGAUGUUUAUAAAGUAUUAUGUCUUCCAGUAAGCUGUCUGGCAAAAGAAUAGAAUUUCUAAGGACUUAAAUACAUUCAUAAUGGUUUGAUGUGGUUUAGGACAAAAUAUUUAAGACAAAAAAAAAAAAAGAAGCAGUUUCAUUCAAGCAUCUAGACUUAAUAUGUUUAGCAAUGUGCAAAAUAAUUCACACUCUCAGGUACAUGGGGAAUGGAAGCUGAUGUUCACAUGCUCUGAAUGCACCAGAGUAAAAUAUGACUGAUAGGAUUAAAAUACCAAUCAGGACUUGUAACUGCAAGAAACAAAGCAAAAGGAAGAAAUCCUCUGAAGACCUGUUGUAAGCAUUAAAUAGUGGAAGAAAGUUCUUUGUUGUUUAGUGUCUGUUUUUAAAAAAAAAUGCAGACAAAAUUUUCCUGAAGCAGCGGGAUUUGAGCAUAUAUGUUAGAGGUUUCCCCCUUUUCUUGUUCUCAAAUAUUAAUUCCCUUAGCCAAUAAAAUGUGGUAUAAAUCAAGUGCAUGUUAAACCUUAAAGCUGAUUUCUUUUUAGCAUUUAAUAUCAGCACUAAGCAUUUAGCAUUUAAUAAUUGAACUAUGACCUGCAGAUUGAAAACAGUGAGACCAAAAUAUUUGAAAAUCGCUACACUGGAUUUGCUAUGGUGUGCAGACUUAGCCUCCAGAAGUGGAGUGCUCAGCCACAGUAUUCUGAGCUUAUCCACUUCGUUUUGUUUAACAUCAUGGACUUGACUUUUAAAAGUAAAAUAGUUCUUAAAAUGCGAAUGGUCGUUCUAGCCGAUGAUAGUGUGAAAAAGUUCUACACGGAAUUUUCUGUCAUGGUUUAGGUUAUACUUCUAUCAUUUGAAGUCCCACAGCACACAGGGGGAAAGCUGCAAUUCAUAUUAAAGGUCUUCGACUUUCUUUCUUCUCUGGAUUUGGUUGGUUUUAGGUGUGCAAUUUUGUUAGAAUUAAUUUUCUGUCAGUUUCUAAGAAGGUGGAAUAAUACUUUAGAAAAGCAGAAAUACAAAUUCUUCAGAAGUGAUUCACAAAAAUUCAUAGGGAGGACAUAUUAACAAAUACCUGUGUGAGUGUUUCAGGCUAAUGAAUAUGUUGUUUAUAAUGAAUUUUCAAUGCAAAUUAGUAAGCAAGGAGUUACAGGAAACUAACUCUUUGCUUUCAGAUGAGGAUGGAGCUUCAUUAAACUUAGCCAAACCUGGGUUUUCUUCUAGCGAGGAAUAUAAAGACAUCUACAUCUAAAAAAGUUUAUAGAGAUACCUAAAUUAAUGUUUGUAGAGAUAUGUGGAUUGACAACUGAAGCAGAUAUUUGUGACUAACAUGCAUCGCUGGACUUGCUAUUUUAUGUUUUGUCCAGUUUGAGAUCUAAAAAUAUUGGUAUUUAAUCUUUCAGUGGGACAGUGACCCACUUAGUGCAGUUCUGCAGUGUUUUGUUUUGUGCACUGCAAAGGAUCCUUUGAAUUCAAACUUACACUUCAAAGUACUAAUUGCAAAGCCAUCCUGAUAGGUAUUUUAAAAUCGAUUGUUUGUUUUACACAGUGUAUUUCAAUGUAAAUUACUCUUUUUGUUGAAAACUAGUAGGUUGGGUAUAUUAUUUUAGUGUUACUGGCGUGUCUAGUCUGUGGUUUUCAGAUACAAUCAAUUGCCAGAGUAUUCAUCUUUAUUUCAUACCGUGACCAUUCAGAUGACAUAUAUGUUUGUUGAUACGGUUGCUCAGCUUAUUUUCACUCUGCCUCACAUUCUAAUUGGAGCUGUAAAAUUCAUGUGACUUCCACUGAUGCCAUUUGGAGGCUAUUUUCACAUCAUGGUCCCUGUCAGAAUGCUUCACCUGAUAUUUCAUCUUCCCUAAUGGGAUUUUAUUUUUUCUCAUUAGUUUCUUCUUGCCACUAUGAUUUCCUACUUCUCUGCUUAUUCUGUUACUUGCACACUACUUUGUAACAUGUAUAUAGCACUAGGUUUUUAACCUUUUUCUACAGAUGGAUGCCAUCAUUCAUAUAAUAAAUUACCAUCUUCAACACUGACA